UGGGCCAUCUAUCCUGAACCCAAUAACUCAUUCGUCAACUAAGGAAACUAUCCCCAUUUCCAUUAAUCAAUAAAUAACCUUAUCAUAUAUUAAAAAUGGAAGAGUCCAACCGAAAUCCAUGUCCUUUUCGCAUUGCCGAGGAUUGCGGCGCUGCCUUUGGCAUGGGCAUCCUGGGCAGUGGUAUCUUCCAGGGGAUUCGUGGUUUCCGCAAUGCUCCUUCCGGUCUGGGACGACGUUUGGCCGGAAGUUAUGCCGAAAUGCGUUCCAGAUGCGCCACAACAGGUGGAAAUUUUGCGGUUUGGGGAGCCACCUUCAGUGCCAUUGAUUGUACGCUGGUCUACAUACGCAGAAAGGAGGAUCCUUGGAACUCGGUUAUUAGUGGGGCAGCCACUGGAGGGAUCCUGGCUGCAAGGACCGGACUGGCCUCCAUGGCUAGCAGUGCUGUGGUGGGCGGCAUCAUCUUGGCCCUGAUCGAGGGCGUGGGCAUAGGAGUGACCCGUUUCUCGUCGGAGGUUUACCGCCCAGUGUCACCAGUGGAGCGAGAGGAGAUCUUUAGGGAGCAACAGGCACAAAAGGGUUUCUCCAAGGUGAAUCCAUCGCCAAUGUAGAAUUAUUCGCUGCGUCAUCGGGUAGACGUUGCCAUCCAUCCAUCGCUCGACAAUUGCAUACAAAUUUUAUACGAGAUUCUUUUCAGUGCUCCACGAUUGGCGGCAUUCCGAUUUUUUUAAAAUUAAAAUUCAUUUGU